AUGGACCUCGGUGAAUUGGAGACGGUCGUGGCAAACUCUGCCUACGUUUCAGCGCGUGGCAGUAUUGAUGGAGCGACAGCAGCAUCCAUGCGUGACAAGAAGAUGCGUGCCAGGCUGAAGCUCCCACACAUCAGAGAUUGUGAACACAUGAAAACAUCUGUAGACGCAGCUUUUGACAGCAUGUGUGUCAAUCAGCCCAUUGGCAAUCGCCUGUUCCUGCAGUUUCUGGAGAGUGAGGCGACCCAUAAAAAUGCUGGAGAGCUGUGGAAGGACAUCGAAGACUACACCGUAUGCCAAGAAGCAGACAGAGUGCAGAAGGCCCAGAAAAUGGUCAAUAAAUACUAUAAGUCAGCUUCAAAGAUUUGUUGCAGCUUCCUGGAGGAGAAGGCCGUUGCUCGGGUCGUUGAAGACUUUAAGAACGCCCGCGGGGACCUUUUCAAAGAGAGCGAGCAGCAGAUGCUCAAACACCUGGAGAAGAUGGCCCUCGCUGGUUUCAAGGACAGCAUGUACUUCCUGCGUUAUGUCCAGUUCAAAUGGUUGGAGAGCCAGCCUUUUGAUGAGGACUGGUUCUCUGACUUCAGGGUCCUGGGUAAAGGAGGUUUCGGAGAAGUGUUUGCUUGUCAGGCUAAGGCAACGGGCAAAAUGUACGCCAACAAGAAGUUGGAGAAGAAGAGGUUGAAGAAACGUGGGGGCUACCAGGGAGCAAUCGUGGAGAAGCGCAUCCUCGCUAAAGUUCACAGCCGCUUCAUCGUGUCGCUGGCUUACGCCUUCCAGACCAAGUCUGACCUCUGUCUAGUCAUGACCAUCAUGAACGGUGGAGACCUCAGGUUUCACAUGUACAAUGUGGAUGAAAAGAAUCCUGGUUUUAAUGAGACGAGAGCUUGUUUCUAUACAGCUCAGAUCAUCUGCGGGGUGGAGCACCUUCACCAACACAGGAUCAUCUACAGAGACCUGAAGCCAGAGAAUGUUCUGCUGGAUGAUGCAGGACACGUCCGCCUGUCAGAUAUGGGUCUCGCUGUUGAACUUCCACCAGGAAAAGACAAAACCAGUGGAUAUGCAGGAACUCCAGGUUUCAUGGCUCCAGAGCUGCUCCAGAAGAAGGAGUAUGACUACACAGUGGAUUAUUUCACGCUGGGAGUCACCCUGUAUGAGAUGAUUGCCGCCAAAGGGCCCUUUAGAGUACGAGGAGAGCAGGUUGAGAAUACGGAGGUUGCUCGCAGGAUCUUGAAUGAUCCAGUUUCAUACACACCGGUCUUCAGCAAAGACUGCAAGGAUAUCUGUGAAGGCCUGAUGCACAAGGACCCAGAAAAACGUCUCGGGUUCAAAAACAACGACUGUGAGGAGCUGAAAAAACAGCCUUUCUUCAAAGAUAUUAACUGGGGUUGCCUGGAAGGAGGAAUGCUACCGCCACCAUUUGUCCCUGAUCCUAAAGCGGUCUAUGCCAAAGAUAUUGACGAUGUGGGCGCCUUCAGCUCGAUCAAAGGUGUGGUCCUGGAUAAGGAAGACAUAGAUUUCUACAACGACUUUUCUUCCGGCAACGUCCCGAUCCCCUGGCAGGAGGAGAUGAUCGAGACGGGUGUGUUUGGGGAGAUGAACAUCUGGGGAGAGAACGGCAAGCUGCCAAAUGACCUUGACUCAAGCUUUGUAGAAGCCAAAGGAGGAGGAUGUGUUCUGCUUUGA